CAUCGCCAUGAAUUCAUCUUCUCCUCCUCCUCCUCCUCGUCUUCCAUGCUUCCAUGGAUAUGGGAGAAGGUGGUUGGUGCUGCUGGGCGUACUGGUCCCUAUGGUUCUGGUUUCCUUGGUCCUGUUUGCCGUCGAGUCCAAGAGCUCCGCCUUCUGGUUCUCUUCCUAUUCCCUUUCCCCUCCACCUGUUCACGGUGGUGAUAUGAGUGGAGAAGAGGUUUUGGAGCAUCAUAGAGGUGUCGUAGCACAGUCUCAGUUCAAUCACUCUGGUCAUGAUUCUCAUGCGUCUCCUCCUCCCGCGGCGGCACCAAGCCCAGCGCCGGAAUCUGCACCGCUACUCGUUCGAAACAAUGGCACGGUCGAGGCGAUACCAUCGCCGCGAAGAGCGAGAAGAAGAGACACAAAAUUGGAGAGACUUGAAGUUGGCCUGAUGAGAGCUCGAGCUGCUAUCAAGGAAGCAUUUCGAAGCCACAGUAACGUAUCGCCAUUGUUCGACAAAGAUUACGUUCCGCAAGGCCCCUCAUAUAGGGAUGCUUACGCUUUUCAUAGGAGUUAUUUGGAAAUGGAGAAGCUGUUCAAGGUCUAUGUGUAUGAAGAAGGUGAACCACCACUCUUCCACGAUGGCCCCUGCAGGAGCAUAUACUCUUCCGAGGGAAGGUUCAUCCAUGGCAUCGAUAUGGACACCUGGUUUCGCACUAGGGAUCCUGAUCUGGCUCAUGUCUUCUUCCUCCCAUUCAGUGUUGUGAAGAUGGUCAAGUUGAUCUACAAGCCCAAAUCCUUCGACAUAUCCCCUAUAACGAGGACCAUUGCUGACUACAUCAGUGUCAUUGCUGAAAGAUACCCAUACUGGAACAGGAGCCUUGGUGCGGACCAUUUCAUGCUUUCCUGCCAUGAUUGGGGGCCUCAUGCCUCCGAAGCUCACUCUCAUCUCUACGGCGACUCCAUCCGCGUGCUGUGCAACGCCAACACAUCCGAGGGCUUCGACCCUCGCAAGGACGUAUCACUCCCGGAGAUCAACCUCAAGACGGACGUCAUGGCCGACAUGAUGGGUGGGCCGUCCGCGUCGCGCCGCCCCGUUCUCGCCUUUUUCGCGGGCGGCGACCACGGCCCCGUCAGGCCGCUGCUGCUGCAGGUGUGGAAGGGCCGCGACCCGGACGUGCAAGUCCACGAGUACCUCCCCAGGGGCGUCUCCUACUACGCCAUGAUGCGGCGGAGCCGCUUCUGUCUCUGCCCCAGCGGGUACGAGGUGGCGAGCCCCAGGGUGGUGGAGGCCAUCUACCUCGGCUGCGUGCCGGUGACCAUCAGCCACCGCUACGUGCUGCCCUUCAGCGACGUCCUCAACUGGAAGGCCUUCUCGGUGCAGGUGUCGCCGGAGGACAUCCCCGACCUCAAGCGGAUUCUGACGGCGAUAUCGCCCAGGCAGUACAUCAGGAUGCAGAGGCGGGUGAGGAUGGUGAGGAGGCACUUCGAGGUGAACAGCCCUCCCAGGAGGUUCGAUGUGUUCCACAUGAUCCUUCACUCGGUGUGGCUGAGGCGGCUUAACGUCCGUCUUCUUCGCUAUGAGUGAUUCAUGUCGGAAUCCCUUCCUUUUUGCUCACCCCUGCUUUAGGCUGUGGAUUCUGUAGACGCGUCUCAAUUGCAUGCUGUGCAAAUCUGUGUGUUCUGCAGUGUUCGAGCAAAGAAGUCUCUCUCUCUCUCUCUCGCUCUCUCUCUCUAUAUAUAUAUAUAGAGAGAGAGAGAGAGAGAGAGAGAGGGU